GCGGCGACCACAUCACCGACGACGAUCAGUCUUCUGACACUGCACGUUCCGUUCGCACGCGCGCCCUUCGCAUCGCACGAAUUAUUUUAUUUCCAAACCAUAACGUCGUUUUGGUCCGUACCGUGUUUGCUCGACGCCGCCGCUCUGAUCGCGUGCGCGCACAUGACACUAUCCGCCGAUCGUCAUUAUCGUUUUAUAUUUUCUAUCGACUCGCUCAAGUUAUAUUUGUGAUUUCGUGUUGUUUCACUCCCAUUCUCCAACAAUGGUGACCAAAUCGCUGAACGGACCCAGUUUCACCAUCAACCACAUAUUGGGCCGUCUGGAUGUGGACGACGAACGGGACUGCAAGAGCCCCGGACCGUCGACAUCCCGGUCGUUCACCACCGGCAGCGAGGCCAGCGACUGUAGUGGCGACGAUUGUCUGUGCGCCCCGGUCGACUACAGCACGCGGCCGGGUGGCAGCCCUUCGCCGCCGACGACGCCCGGUGACACGCACCGCCAUCACCGCCAUCACCACAACAGGCGUCCGCAUCCUCCGUCACCGUCCACGACCGAAAUCAAAGAGGAAGACGACGAUGACCUGCCCAAGGGUGACAAGUCACCGCAGCGGGACGGUGCCAGCAAGAACAAGGACGAUGCGACCACCACACCGACGCCAGUCGACGACAAAAACAAGAAACCCAAUUACAGUUACAACGCUCUGAUAAUGAUGGCCAUAUCGGAAAGCCCGCAGAAGCGGCUCACGCUCAGCGGCAUCUACGAAUACAUCAUGAACAAGUUCCCGUUCUACCGGAUGAACACGCCCGCAUGGCAGAACAGCAUCCGGCACAACCUGUCGCUGAACAAGUGUUUCGUCAAGAUACCGCGGAGCUUCGACGACCCGGGCAAAGGAAACUACUGGAUGAUCGACCCAAACAGCAGCGAUGUGUACAUCGGCGGCACCACCGGCAAGCUGCGCCGCCGGUCCACGCAAUCGUCCCGGCACCGCAUCGCGUACCGUCCACCGAUGCCGCCGCACAGCGUGGUCAUGCCACAGUCGCAUCACCAUCACCAUCACCACCACGCGGCCGCCGCAGCCGCUGCCGCCGCCGCCGCCUUCUACCAUCACCGCGGCGGACCGCCACACCAUCCUGCGGCCGGCGCGGCCGGCUGGCCCGGCGUGGCCGACUACCCGUCCGCCGCAGCCGCCGCGGCCGGCUUCGACUACCUGCACCAGUACUUCUGGCCACAGUCCACCGGCGCGUACCAACAGCAGCAGCAGCAGCAGCAGCGGCCGUCGCCGUCACCGCCCGCCACCUCCGCGGGUUACUCGAUCAGUCAGCUGCUCAGGCCCACCCUGCAGGUGCCGCCCAGGAGGCCCACGGCCGUCAUACACCCCGCGGCCGCCGGCGCCCUGCUCCAGGCCACCAUGAACAGACACCAUCAUCAUCUGCAGCAGCAGUAGUAGACGCGAUGUAAGCGAGAAAAAUGAAUUUUUUUUUCAAAGUUACCCUAUGAGUGUUUUGCACACAUACAUGUACAUAAUGAUAUAUAAUUGUGAAUGCAAUUUUUACGCUGCUUCGGCGAUUUUGAGUCCUGUGCUAGGUACACUAUUUUAUUUUUCGUUUCGUAUUAUAUAUACAGUGUUGAUCUCUCGAAAAUAAACUAUUAUAUUAUUAUCAUUGUGUACAUAAUAUUAUAAUUACGACGUAUACACGUACAAUAUAAUAUAAUAAUAUUAUAUGUACCAUGUAUUGUGUGGAGGUAUAUAUAUAAGUCAAUGUGUGACAAUUUAUUUCGUUCGACUCGUAAAAAUAAUACAUCACCACGGCUGCAGACGGUUGAGUAUUGAUAUAGUUUCUCAAAUUUGCGUUUUGAAUAUUGUUUAUACUUCUACACUUUACACGGUAUAAAUAUUGUAUAAUGUUAUGUAUUAUGUGUUAUUAUAUUAUGUUAUGUGUCUAUGUUCUAGUCACACGAGAUCGGUCCUAUAUAUAUAUACGUAUACGCGAGUACAUUUAGGUACGUUAUGUUAUAUAUUUAUAUAUUAAAAUACAAAGAUAUAGGGUUUGCGUGAUGCUUAUAAAUAUGUUUCCUAUAUAUAUAUAUAAUAUUAUGUAUAUAGUUCUAUAUUAUUAUUACGUAUUUAUAUUUAUAAUAAGCAUGUCACAAGUGCCUUAAAAUAAUUAUAAUAUAUGUGUAUCAUAUAAGACCCAACUAUAAUAUACCUAUUAUAUACUAUCUAGAUAUACAGUAAACCUACCUAUAUAUUAUAUAUUAUGUUUUAGGAAAUAAGUGCAUUUCGAUUGUUGAAUAAAUAUAAUAAUAAUAUUAUUAUUAUGAUGAUGUUACACGUUUGCAAGUUCGUUUGUUCGAUGGCAUCGUUAAAAAAAAUAUGAAUAAUAAUAGUGUUUAUAUAUAUUUUAUAUUAUGUACUCAGCUAUACUCGGUUAUUAUAUUAUGUUGUAAUAUAAUAAUUAUUCUUUAUGAAUAUUAUUAUCAUGUGUAUACUCAUACCUAUAUUAUUAUUGUAUAUUAUUUUUAUUUAAUUGUUGUCGUUAUAAUAUAGGUACCUAUAUAUACCUAU